AUGCCCAAAGACUCCGAGGCAAAACACCACCGCUCCGGCUCUGACCCGGAUAAGCAGCAUCCUACGCCCGAUGAUCUCGCCUACACUGCCUCGUUCUGUGAGGAGAACGUUUGGCAUCAGUGUCAGAAGUGGAAGGAGGAUCACCCGGAGGAUUUUGAUAGGAAGUACGCCGUCUUCGUUCUGACUUCUUCCGAGAGGACCCCUAUGUUCAACCAAAAGCUCUGCAAAGAGUCCAAAGCUAUGUUCUGGACCCACCACGUCCUCUCCGUCACCUGCCCGGAGGAGGGUACCGAUGAUCCCGUCUUGGUCUGGGAUCAAGACACCGCACUUGACUUCCCCUGCCCCUUCCCCAAGUACUGCGUAGAGACGUUCAAGCCAACCUUCAACCAUGACGAGGCUCUACGUCGCCGUUACCGCGUUGUUCCCGGCCAGGACUAUCUCGACCACUUCCAUUCUGACCGAAGGCAUAUGAAGGACGACGGAGGCGAGUACUUGUCUGACCCGCCGGAGUGGGAGGAGAUUAGGGGUGGUAAUGGGGAGCAUAACUUGCAUAACUACCUCUCGUAUGAGGAGGUUGAGCACGAGAAUGAGGAGGAGGCGAAGAAGUAUGGGAAGCUGUUCGAGGAGCCGGAGUUCUUUGAGAGGUUUGGUGGAACGAAGGAUUUGGUUGAGCUUGAGGCGACUUACAACCCUAACUUCAAGUGA